AAUAAGUCAUAUUAUGCAAAGUACUCUGUGUUAAUAAAAGGUUACGAACUUCGAUUUGAACUAAUAUCAUACAAAAACGCCGCAGGUGUUUACUAUGCCAGAUGCCUACGGCUGAAUGAGCUUGAGGCAGGACUGCUAUAUUCUUUUAGGUAUAGCUUGAAUUUCUAGAAAUUAAAAGGAAUUAUGGAAGUAGCUGAACCAACCCCUGAAGCCUUGCAGAGAAAACUUUAUUUCUUAUUAGAACAGUUACAAGAUAUGGCACGAGAAUUGUUACCAAAGUAUCAGAUGAGAGUGCCCAUUGAACUUUUAUCAGGACUGGCAAAUUGUCUCUUGAAUGACACAGUAUUUGAAAUAGUGAAAGGAUUGAUGGAAAUACAACAUGUAACAGAAAAACACUUGUUUCAGCAAAGAUUGCAAAUAAUCAAUAAUCAUGCUUUGGAAAUACAAGAAAUGGUCAACACAACUCAAAGUCCAGAGCAAAUAGAAAUCAAAAGAAACAUUUUGCUUAGAAGACACAAGGAAGAACUUAAACAGACUGAUAUGAAAUUAGUAAUCCAAUUAGAUCAAAAAGUAAGUGACCAACAGGAUACUUUAGAAAAAGCAGGGGUUCCAGGAUUUUUUGUUACAAACAAGCCAAUAGAAAUAAAAGUGCAGAUGUAUCUUUUAGAUUUUAUAUUAAGAUUGAGUAAAAUGGAUAUACCACAUGUUUAAAAUUUAAAUACAUAGCUAUACACCAAAUUGAAAAGAUUUAAUGGUUGCCAGAGCAAGGCCUAGUAAACAUCAAAGCGGAGAUGGGCAAUGUGUUAAGCAGACGACUCAGACUUUAUUGAUAUGAUGUGAUAAUUUAAUCUGUUGAUAAUCUGAUUGCUGAACAUCUCCGCUUGUGAAUACCAGGCUUAAGGCUGAAUAUUGUAAAUAAAAUAAAACUUGUAUCUGAUUAAAAAGGGUUUGUUUAAUAAAAAUGUUUAUACAUAACAAUCGUAAACAAGUUACUUGUACAUAGUUAUCUAUCAACAAACAUUCAAUGUACUUACACUCUUCAAUAAAUUAUGUGCGUGUAUACAGCUUGUAAUAAAGAUAAAACCAAAAACUAUUGGAGUUACAAGUAUCUGUCAUAUAACUAGUAGUGCAACCAGGUGUCAAUGGUGAUCUGAUGAGGUGGAGUAGAUCAGUCUCUUAUAUAACAACUUAAACAAUGUUUAGUAUAUGGUUGAAAUUAGUACACGGAAAUCAAAACACGAGGACACUCGAAGAACGCCGCACCGCCUUAUUAAAAAAGAAAAUGAAGAUUUAGUCAAGUAGUAGAUGCCGCCCGCGCGCGCACCACGUCUCCACUCCACCCUGCAGGUGUUCGUUGCGCCUAACCAUUUUGCAGGACUGCCUCUAGUGAUAUGACAUCUUGAAAUUAAGCCUCAAAUUUACAAAAUUCCAAUUGUUUCUAUACAAAAUAAUACACAGUAACCAUAGACAAUAAAUAAAUAAAUACGAGUAUAAGCUAAGUUCAAUACUACAAAUGAGACAUAUCUUCCAAUCUUUUUAUAAAUAUUAUUAUUAUGUACCUCAUACUUUUUAUACAUUACACUAUAGUAACAUUUUGGUUCACAUAGAAAAGAUCAAUGAGUCUAAUAAUGUUAAAUUAAUCUAGUAUCACACACAGAAAUCAUUGCACACAAACUAACACAUUAUUCCUUAGUGCUUGUAAUACAUUUUGUUAUAAUAAUAUUGUGUAUUGUUUACAUUAAAUCUGUAUAUAUUUAAUACAAAAAAGGUGAAAAUAAUGUUAGGGUACAAAAUAUAAACUGUGUACAAAAUCUAUAAGUAGAGUUUUAAAUCAAAACCAUCACCCUUGUGUGGAUAAUACUAAUCUAUGUCAAAUAGGUACAUAUUAUUAUAAAAAUAAGUUGGUUU